AUGAGCCGCCGUAGAGAAACCGCGCCUAUUCCAACGACCGUUUCUGAUACCCUAAAUGGCGUUACAUACAAACGACUUCGUUACCUUGGAAAAGGUGGUUUCGCCAGGUGCUAUGAGUUCCAAAAUGCAACAACCGGGGAGGUUGUUGCCGGCAAGGUUGUAUCGAAAUCAUUAUUGACGAAGCCGCAUCAAAAGGAGAAGAUGAUGCAAGAGAUCGCACUCCACAAGACGCUACAGCACAGAAAUGUGGUGAUGUUCAAGAGCUCCUUCCAAGAUCCACACUUUGUCUACAUAACCUUGGAAAUCUGCAAGAAACAGUCAUUAAUGGAGCUUCACAAGCGACGAGGUCCACUUACUGAGCCUGAAGUCCGAUAUUACAUGAAACAGAUUGGCGAAGGAAUGGACUACUUACACAACACGAUGAAAAUUAUUCAUCGAGAUCUGAAGCUGGGAAAUAUCUUCAUUAACAGUGACAUGGUCCUGAAGCUUGGCGAUCUCGGGCUCGCGACGAGAAUCAACUCCCCGGAUGAGCGGAAGAGAACUCUGUGCGGCACGCCCAACUACAUUGCGCCAGAGAUCCUGGUCAAGAGCGGCCAUUCUUUCGAGGUUGACAUGUGGUCUUCCGGCUGCAUCAUGUACACCCUUCUGGUGGGAAAGCCACCUUUUGAAACCUCAUCACUCAAGGAGACGUACAGCCGCAUCAAGCGAACCGAGUACGUCAUUCCCGAGGAUACCGUUGGCCCAGCCGCGUCUAACCUUAUCACUUCUAUGUUGAUGAACAAUCCCAAGACGCGUAUCACGGCCACAAAAAUGCUGCAGCACGAGUUCCUGACGGAAGGAUAUCUUCCGAAAAGACUCCCUACUUCUUCCCUCACUGUGCGUCCCCAUUUCACCGAGCGCCAGAUGACCUUCAACACGACGAAGAAGCCACUGAUCGCCGUUGACAACAUGCCAGAAGGGGAGGACAACCAGGGUUACGCGCGACCGACCAUUCGAAAAUCACUCAUGCCGGACGACACGCUCGUGGCUAAGGCAGAUGCGACAACAAAGCGCAUUCAAAGGAAGCAAGAAGACAUCGAUAGCCUUUACGAGUUGCUGCAGGAUGCAAUCCUCAACGCCAAUCAUGAAGUUCCAGAGCUGCCUGAGGAUGCUGAGCACCCCGCUUCUUCCCCUGUCUACUGGAUCUCGAAAUGGGUCGAUUACUCCGACAAAUACGGAAUUGGGUUUAUGUUGUGCGAUAACUCAGUAGGAGUUUUAUUUAACGACGCCACACGAGCGAUGCUGCACGCGAAUGCCAAGAACAUGCAGUACCUAGACAAAGAGUACCAGGAGAGCUUCUUCACCAAGAAUGACUUCCCUCAAGCAGUCAAGAAGAAGGUCUCGCUCGUCGAUUACUUCCGUAAAUACAUGAUCGAACAUUUGCUCAAGGCGGGAGCAGCGGCUGCACCAAAAGAAGGAGACGAGCUUUCCCGUCUCCCUUAUCUUCGAACGUGGUUCCGAACUAGGACAGCUAUUUGCCUGUGGCUUUCCAACGGCUCCAUGCAAGUGAACUGGUUCGAGUCACAUGAGAAGGUCAUUUUCUGCCCUAAGAUGAAAGCAGUAACCUUGCUGAACCAGGACGGCUCUACCCAGACGUUCCUGGUACGCAAGCUCCACACGCUAGGAAUCACAAAUGGCAUGAUGGAGAAGAUCAAGUAUGCCAAGCAAAUGGUGCGCAAAUGCAAAGAGGGAGUCGUUGCGGAGGAGAGACACCACAAACAGCGGAUGAGGGAAAAUCUCAGACCCUGA